GUCCACAUGGGUUCAGGUGAUCCCUACACCCCAGGCUUCCCCUUCAACCACACCCAGUUUCCACCUGUCCAGUCUUCAGGCCUUCCAAAAAUCUUGGCUCAAACCAUCCCAACCAGCAUGGCUGAUGGCAUUUUGAAAGAGCUGGGGGUGAUAACGUGCCCAAUGGAUGGGGUUGUUCGCAAACUGGGAGGGGAAGGAGAUAUAAUUAAGGUGGAUGUCGGCAACGUUCUUACAGAGAAGAAGAUAAGCAAUGUCUUUGGGGUCAUAAAAGGCUUUGUGGAUCCAGACCGAUAUGUGGUUAUUGGUGCCCAGAGAGACGCAUGGGGUCCAGGUUUUGCUGCGUCCACCGUUGGCACCAGUGUCCUUGUUGAGCUGGCACGUUCCAUUUCAGACAUGGUGAAGAACGAUGGAUUCAAACCAAGGAGAAGUAUUGUGUUCGUGAGCUGGACGGCUGGGGAAUAUGGGAACGUUGGUGCCACCGAGUGGUUGGAGGGUUAUCUCUCUUCUCUGAGCUUGAAAGCCUUUGCCUACAUCAACCUGGAUGCUGUUGUAACAGGCCAAGAUAGAUUUAAAGUAGCAGCAAGCCCUUUGAUGCACAGUCUGAUUGAGAGCACUAUGAGGGAGGUGAACUUCCGAGACUCGAGGUCUCUUUAUGCUCAAUUUGCAAGGAGCAACCUGGAAGCAAAUGUGCUGCAGCCUCUUCAGAUGAACGAUGCUGCGUAUCCAUUUGUCGCCUUUUCUGGCAUUCCCUCGCUUUCAUUCAGGUUCAACUCAGAUAGAGAUCACUACUCGUUCUUUGGCACAGCGCUGGACACCCAGGACAAUCUGAACACUGCCGCGGCCGGCAAGGUUCCUGAGCUCGCUGAAGUAGCCACCCGUUUCGCCGGCCACAUGGUGCUGAGGCUGGUGCAUGAUCAUCUGCUGCGGUUCGACCUGAAGAAGUACAACAAGAUUAUCAAGGUUCAGGUGGCUCAGAUCAACGGGAAAAUCAUGUCUGUGCGAAGGAAGCAGCCCCAGAAGCUGCCCGAGGCCCUGACGGUGCAGUGGUUGAGCUCGGUCGGCUCGUACGGCCGCGCCUCUCAUGACCUGAUGACAGACAUCCAGAACAGCAACCUUGAUGACAUCGAGAUGUGCCGCAUCAUUAACGAUCGCAUCAUGGCUGUGGAGAGGAGCUUCCUGUCCCCCUAUGUGUCUCCCAGUGACAAUCCUUUCCGCCACAUCCUGCUGGGUUCGGGUGCUCACACUCUCAAGGGUCUGAUCAACCACCUCGACGCCCUCCGUGCCGACAACCCUGAUGCAGAUAUCGAUGCUUUCCGCAACCAGUUCGCCCUGGCCACCUGGACCAUUCAGGGCUGCGCCGACUCACUAGCAGGAAACAUUUGGUCUUUGGAUAACGAAAUCUAAAAAAAAAAAGAAGAAAAAGUUUCCUCCCUCUCCUUCCUUCUCUAUGGUUUGGUCCUCUCUUCAAAACUGACAGUGUGAAAACCAAUCGGCUGUGAUGAUUCAACGACUGUCACAGCGGCACAUAUUUCAAAUUGAACUUAAGGUUAUUGAGUAAAUUUAAAGGUGGAACCUUUUUUAAAUGUUAGAAUCAUCACAGCCAAUAUUUCUAUUUGAUCAUCUCAGCUGCCUACUCCACAAUGCCAAACAUUUAGAAUAGAUUAUACUCAUUUUCCCCGCUGAACCAAUAUCAAUAAUAGUAGGUCAUCCUCUGUUUUACCUUCUUUAGAAAGAAAAAAUUCUAUCAUUCUUCUAACUUCAUUUCAUGUAAUAUCAUUUUUCAAAACGUGGCAUUUUAAAUACGUUGGUGCUAGUAACAACUACCUGAAACAGCCAUUCAAAAGGUGGCGGUGCAACUCAAACAGAGCGAGUUGAAUGUAGUGAAAGUGAUCUGUUUUUACAGCACAGUAUCAUCAGACCGUGAUCUCAGGAAAGGCUGUGUUUGCCAGCUCAGAGAAGAACAAAUCUCAACAUGCUGGUAGGUUAUAAGAAUCAAAACCAUUGAUCAUGUCUACCACAGCUCUCACAGAUCAAAACUGCUGGUUUCUCCGCUGCUGCUGCUGGAGCCUCACGUUCAAACCUGAGCCCGUUUGUGUUGGUAGCUAAAAAAUGUCAUACUGUGCUGAAGUCUGCUACUCGUUAAAGGACGUUAAAGGAGAGGACAGGCCAAGAAUUUGUUCGAGCAACGUUUUGGACAAUCAACAGCUGUUACAUGUAAUGAAACGAAUAACCUGAAAUAGAGAUUAAUCUGAAUGGUCCACCUCCUGACAUUAAGAGCAAACCUCUGUAGGCCUUUUUACAAAAUCAAGAGAGAAGGUCUCCAACCAUAUGGCACUGAAACUGAAACCGUACGUCUAUUUAUUGUGUUAUUUAUUUAUCAGUGGCAGGGUUCACUAUAAAUAGUUUUUUUAUCGCCUUUUAUAAAAAAAAAAACGAUGUAUAAUUAUCGGGAGCAGUGCCUUCCAUAAUUAUGACAGUUAUACUGUCGAAAUGACAAAAGCAGCAUCUGCUAACAGAAGUGUACAUGUGGACCGACGGCCGUACUGAACACACAGCCUUCAGGAACUUCUCUUCAAACUGCACAACUCUGAGGUGAUUUCUGUUCCUUCUUACUGACACUGGAUUGGCCCCCCCUCUCUGUGUCAGUACAGGUCCUCGGUGCAUGUACACGUCUCGUCCCAUCAUUAUCGGGAGCAGUGUCUUCCAUAAUGUGCAAGAAGAAGAAGAAGGUAGUUUUUAUUCUACCAGUGUGUGUCUGUAUCGGAGGCAGUGCCCUCCAUAUUUCACUGUAGGGGUGGAUGUUUUUUAUUAUCGGGGACAGUGUUUCCCAUAAUGUCUGUAUAUAGGAUACAUUGCUACACACGGCUCGUGUUGUCUGCAUCUUCAGAAGCCUUCUCUGAUGUUUUCUUCGCUGUAGCUUCUUCAGAUGGUGCCAAGUUUUUACAUGAGCUCUUAUCAAAGCAUUUCCCAUCCGUCUGCUUAGUAACACAGAGAAGCUGCGUGUCUUUCAAUUCCUCUGUUGGUCACAUUUUAAUCAAAAGCUUCUAAUGUGAUAUUUCUUUUAUCCACUUCACACGAGACUGAUACAGGAGGCGUUGCUUAAAAUACUAGAUAUGUUACAAACAUAUUUGCGACCACCGUGGUUACAGCCGUGUGGUCCAGUAUUUCCUGUUAAAGAUCACCGAUCUGCAAAAUAAAUGGGUUUGCUUAUAAUGAUGUAGUCAGUGGGAGCGUAAAUUCUGCUUUCUUUUGGGAUGUUUUCUUGUUUAAAGAUUUUCCUUGUGCCUUUUUGUGUUAUGACUGCAGUAUAGAGCUGAGUGCUACAUACAGAACAAUACUUUAUGUUUGGGACGAUGUAUAUUUGGCUUGUUUUGUCAUUUCUCUGUUCUCUUUCUCCCUUCGCCCUGCUUUCUUCUAGAAUCAUAAGUUACUGGUUUAAAAGCCUGUAAUGCUACAAUAUUGUCAGUAAACGUUACCAGGUACACGAUAAUUGUAAAAAGAAAAGAUUAAUUCUAAGUUGGAUGUAAAAAAAAAUUACACAGUGAAUGGUCCUAGAGCUAAUUUGCCGACUCUGGUCAUUCUGUGUUUCCAGUCAUGCCUCCAGUAGAAAAACGGGAGAUGAAAUGUUUUACAUUGAUAGCCUCUCUGCAAACAUCUAUUAAACAUUCAGACAUGCAUGGUUUGAGUGAUUGAGCAGAUCUGCAGGGCUUCAAUAAAACGUGUUAGAAGAAUUAGAUUUAAUUUACUGGCAUCUCGCUGAGAAUGUAGCAUACACAUUAUCUUUCUUUUGUAUGAUUCUGGAUGUGGAGGAAUUGGUUUGAAAAAGUUAGUGUUUCAAAAUUCUCACCAGAUGAACAAACAAUGUGUUUAAGAAAUUAAUGUAACUGCUUUUUCAUUUUCUCCAACUGUAUACAAGCUGCUUAACUUUACAUUUGUGUUGCUGCAAUAAACAAUCACAUCACAAACAG